AUCAGUGGACUCGCUGAAGGCGCCGGACGCACACACAUUGUGGGAGGGGCACCGGUUCGUUGACUCGGCGCACGAAGUAGGCGAUCGAGGCGUGGUGGUUGUUGUGGUGGUGUCGGCGGCGCGCCGGGAAAUGCAUUUCGAAAUUGUGCGGAGCCCGGUGUUCCUUACAGAAGAGCCGGUAUCUUCACUUUUCUUUGUUUGUGCACUGGAGAAUAUACGGUGGAGGCAUGAUGCGUGUCGUAACACGAGCUGCGUCCAGGGACCGGAAUUGAAAGGAAUCGCCAGGGAAGUAGCCGAGUGCAAGCCAUGAAAGACGCAGAGAAAUGUGCGGAGGACACCACGGCGCCUUCAAGAAUGCCGAGUCAUGGCCCAGACAGCAUUCACAGCUGGAUGACGGCGGCGGCAUGUGCGCUUGCGACGUUCUUCGGCGUCGGAGGCAGGCGAUCGGCCGGGUUCUUGUACGUUUCCAUCCUGGACACCUUCCACACGACUCGAAGCCAGGCGUCUUGGCCGGUCGUACUCAUGGGCGGAGUCCUCCUACUGGCCGGUCUCAUUUCAGGUCCGCUGGCUCACAAAUUCACAGCGAGGCCUGUGGCGCUCGUGGGAGGCUUCAUCUCCGCGCUCGGGUUGAUGCUCUGCUUCUUUGCCACCAGUAUUCAGUAUCUCGUGGUCACUCUUGGUAUAGUUCACGCCAUCGGAAGCGGCAUGGUGUUCGUGGUGAUCCCGACGGUGAUCAACGAACACUUCCUCAAGUACCGGGGUCUGGCCAUGGGCAUCAACUUCGCGGGUUCCACAAUGGGCACCUUCGUUUUCCCCAAGCUCCUCGAGUUCUUCUCGCACCACUACGGAUUCCGGGGCGCCCUUCUACUUUUCGGCGCCCUGUCUCUCCACUCCAUCGCAUUCAGCCUAUUUCUGAGACAACCUGUCUGGCUCAAGCGUCAUUUGGCCGAACAGGCGGCGCUGGCGGCCAAGAAAUUUCCUUUAGAGAAGGAAGACCCGCGCGCCCAGGACGCGGACGUCAAGAAAGCGCCUGUCAACACGGGGUCUUUCCGUCACGGAUUGACAGUGUUUUCAAGUCCUAUGUUCUACGUGAUAAUGUACUCAUACAUCGCGUUCAGUUUUGCCUUUGAGUGCUACAUAUCAUUUUUGCUGGAUUUUGCCAUUGACCGGGGAGUCCGUGUAUCCCACGCCGUCACCCUGCUUUCGGCCAGCUCCAUUGCAGAUCUUGUCGGGAGGCUGACCUUACCCGCAAUGGCGGACGGCAAGAUACUGUCACGGAGGACGUUGAUCACAGCCAGCUUUAUAAUGCUGGGAACUCUCUACGUGAUGCUUCCGUACGCGAUGUCUUACGGUGCCGUGUUCGCGAUGGCCACUGGGAUAGCCUUCUUCAUCGGCACCAGCGUGGUCCUGUUUUCCGUACUCCUCGCCGAAUACCUGGGCAUCGAGAGAGUGUCCAUGGCCUAUGGUAUGGUGUCAGCUUCGGCGGGAAUGACGUCGCUCGGAAAACCUUUUGUUGUUGGUUACUUCCGGGACGUGACUGGAUCAUACGACAACCUCUUCAGGCUUUGUGGCUCCAUCGUCCUUGGAGGAGCCGUCAUGUGGAUUAUCGUACUCAUAAAAGAAAACAGCAGAAACUGCAAAUGGAUAUUGGAAAAAACGCGUGUUGAGAAAGUUAACAUAGUACACGUCCUAGGCGUCUUACCAAAUGGUCACGAUCAGUGAGUGUUUGAAUGUUCUUGUAGUUAACAUUGUUGUUACAAAUAACUGUGCUCUCUUUUUUUUUAUCAAGAUUGUGCAGCGCAAAGUAUUGCCCAAGCAAUUGGAAUUGACGGAAUAUUAGCCGGCAAAAAAGGGGGGCAAGGCAACUCUCGAAAUAAAAGCUGGUGUACAAGUA